AUGCAGGGAAAUUUUCAUCCAAGCGAAAACAAGGCGCGACAGACGACCAGAAUCGGCACGGACAGAGACGACGCGCAACACCGCUGGUCCCUGUGGCCCUCGGGCUUUGAAUCGCUGCGCCGCCUCGUCGUAGGUGCUGUUUACUGCCCUGCCCUGCCUCCAGCGACCUUCACCAUGUCGCUCCGUCGCCAGUCAGGCGCCCGCCACGUCCCGGACAUGCCUCGCAUCAUCUCGCCGAGCCCGACACCGUCAGAACGAGACGUGCAGGAUUACGUGGGCCCAAUGACCCGGAGUCGAAGAAAGGCCCCGACGCAGCAGGCGGUGGAGGAGCUGAGCGACGAGGAGGGCUUCGACAGUGCUUCCGGGAUCCGGAGAUCCCGUACAAGAAGCCGCUCCCCCAUCGACUCGCGCGGCGUCCCUCGCAUGACACCCAAGACGUCCAAGGCUUCAACAUCGCAAAAGCCCGAGUUGGACGGCAUCAUGGCGACCGCUACGGCCACCAGACUGGCCACCACGAACGGCCACUUGGCGCCUCCUCUGCCUGCGACACCGACGGGAUGGAGCUGGCGCGACUUCAGCCGGAGUCCCAGUCCUCUCGGCCUUAUCCCAAUCCAUCGACACUGGCGGACGUUUGUGCACAAGCACGAGGUCCCGCGCAAGGUCCUCCACGUCUCCAUCGGCUUCUUCGUCGUCUGGCUCUACAGCUCCGGCACCCAGACCAGCGCCGUGCCGCCAUAUCUGAUGAGCGCGCUGAUCCCAAUCACAACGGUUGACUGGCUGCGGCACCGAUACGCAUCCUUCAACCGGCUCUACGUCAAGGUACUCGGCGCCCUUAUGAGAGAAAGCGAGUACGCAGGCUGGAACGGCGUCAUUUUCUACCUCCUCGGCGCCUGGAUCACUCUCUACUUCUUCCCCAAGGACGUUGGCGUCAUAGGCGUCCUGCUGCUCAGCUGGUGCGAUACAGCCGCCAGCACAUUCGGCCGACUCUGGGGAAAAUAUACCCCGAGACUGCGCCGCGGCAAGUCUCUCGCCGGAUCGCUGGCCGCCUUCAUUGUUGGCGUGGCCACUUCCUACCUCUGGUACGGAUGGCUCGUCCCCACCAUCGGACCUAUGCCCGGCGACGAGAACUUCAUGUUUACCGGUACUCUCUCUCUGCCACGAGCACUGACAGAGGCAGUUGGCCUGCCAGAGAGCUUGACCUCUGUCUCUGGCCCUGUUGCCCUUGGCAUCAUGAGCGUCUGGUCUGGCUUCGUCGCUUCAGCCAGUGAAGUGGCUGACCUCUUCGGAUGGGACGACAACCUGACGAUCCCAGUGCUUAGCGGACUCGGCAUUUGGGGAUUCCUUAAACUGUUUGGCUAGGUACAUACUGUAUAGAAGGCGGUUCUUGUUCUUUUUUUUUUAACCACUGUUCAUUUUUUUUUUCUUUAUAAUAUUACACAUGUAUGCUUAUAUCUUUCCUUGCUAUUAUAUAGCGCAACACAUUCUCCACUUGUAAGGUAUUUGUUCUAUAUUACGACGGUCUGGGUCUUUGAUACUUGGUUUCCAAAUGUUCACUAGCCGGCUACGCUGAGCAGGUAGAUUGAUUUACAGCUGCUGGGCACUUAAGAUAGAGUAGAUAGACACCUAAUCCAACAUAUUCAAGAGCAUC